AUGAAGUUCACCGGAAAAUCAAAUUCGACGGCUACAUUACCCGCCACACUCCCAAAUCUCACGGGUAGUCAUAAGGCUACCAUAAGAGCGCGGAAGCUGAAACCGAGAUUGACCCGUCAGCGAAGAUCCGGCGUCCCCGGUAGGAGGCGGAGCAGACCGGAGACUCCUCUAUUAAAAUGGAAAGUGGAGGAUCGAAACAGGGAGCGAUGCGACGCUGUUGAAGAUGAUGAUUCUGAUAAUCAGGUUGAUAAUAAGUCGCCGAAGAUUCUCAGGAGAGGUACAAAACCGAAUACUGUAAGGGGACUUGCGGCCGGAGUGUGGCGAUUGCAAGUCCCGGAUGCGGUUUCUAGCGGCGGAGAUAAGAGGAGCAAUGAUGGGUUAGGCUCUCAGGGAAGUACUGGUCCUGCUGGACACUUGGGUCCUCUGUUCUUUUAUCACGAUGAUCAUAAACAUUCUGGCUAUCAAAGCAACAAUUCAAGAAACAAGCAUUGUUCUGUUGCUGCAACAAAAAAUGGAUUCUUUUGUAAGGAUGAGCCUUCAAUUCCAAUUUCCUACCCUGCGAUGGAGGGGACAUCAAAAUGGGAUCCCAUUUGCUUGGAUACAAGGGAUGAAGUGCACCAACUCUAUAGCAACGUAAAGCGGACUAAUCAACAAGUGAAUGCUGUAUCAUUGGCUUCUUCUAUUAAGCUGAAACUGGAAGAAGCUCGUGGUCGCAUCGAUGAUCUCGAGAGUGAGAAACGAUCUCAGAAAAAGAAGCUUGAGCAGUUCCUGAGGAAAGUUAGCGAGGAGAGGGCGGCUUGGCGGAGCAAUGAGCAUGAGAAGGUCAGAGCAAUCAUCGAUGACAUGAAAGCUGAUAUGAACAGGGAAAAGAAAACUCGUCAGAGAUUAGAAAUCGUCAAUCUGAAAUUAGUUAAUGAGCUUGCAGAUUCAAAGCUGGCUGUAAAGCGUCACAUGCAUGAUUACCAAAAGGAAAAGAAGGCAAGGGAGCUAAUCGAAGAAGUCUGCGAGGAACUCGCCAAGGAAAUAGAAGAAGACAAAGGUGAGAUUCAAGCAUUGAAGAGUGAAUCCAUGAAUCUCAGAGAGGAAGUAGACGACGAGAGAAGGAUGCUGCAGAUGGCUGAGGUCUGGCGCGAGGAACGUGUCCAAAUGAAGCUUAUCGAUGCGAAAGUAACACUCGAGGAGAAGUAUUCACAAAUGAACAAGCUUGUAGGAAAUUUGGAGGACUUCCUCAAAUCAAGAAAUGCUACUACAGGUGUUAAAGAGGUGAGAGAGGCAGAAGCGUUACGAGAAACCGCUGCGUCGGUUAAUAAUAACAUCCAAGAAAUCAAGGAAUUUACAUAUGAACCCGCAAACCCGGAUGAUAUCUUCUUGUCAUUUGAAGAAAUGAACUUGGGUGAAGCAGAAACCGAGCAGUGUGUUGCCUACAGUCCGGUAAGCAACGCUUCAGAGGUUCACAGGGUAAGUUCAGAUGCCAAUUUUAUCAGCAAAGGAAGACGGUCGAAUGCUUUCAAUGACCAGAAUGGUGAGUUUGAAGAAGACGACAGUGGUUGGGAAACUGUGAGCCAUCCCGAGGAACAUGGAUCUAGUUACUCUCCAGAUGAGAGCAUACAUUCUAUCAUCAACAAUCAUCAGCAUGACAGGGAUGUAACGAUGAAUGGAACAGAGUUUCAAAAGAGUCCACUCAGAGAAAUAAAAGAAGCGGGCUCGGUUCCAAGACGAGUAUCCAAAAAGAUAUCAUCAAUGGCAAAGCUCUGGAGUUCGUUGGAAGGUAUCAACGGGAGAAAAUCAACCGUAGGGAUGGUUUCACUUUCACCAGAGAGAGGCUCGAGCAGAGGCGGAUUCAGCUCGUUGGACUUGGUGGGGCAAUGGAACUCACUAUCACCGGAUUCGGCACAUGCUAAUGUAAACCGAGCAGGGAUGAAAGGAUGCAUAGAGUGGCCUAGAGGUGGGCAUAAGAACAGCUUGAAGACAAAGCUCAUAGAAGCACAAAUCGAGAGCCACAAGGUUCAGCUCAAGCAUGUCCUUGAGCAUCAGAUCUAG